GUCACACCAGCUGCGCUGCCACCGAGCACGCGGCCGGCCAAAACGCCCACACCGAGAGCAGCGCGCGGCCGAGCUUUCCCUGGACCGGCGACGAAAUUAACCAGACUGAACUGGCCGGAACUGACGCGCAAGGCACGCAUCGUCGCCUUCCCAAUGUGGCACGGCGCCAACGGCCGUGGGGGCUAUAUAUACCCCGCCAUUGCCGCCCCUUCCUCUCCGCAAGCUAGAUCGCCAUUCCACGCCGCCUUUGCUGGGAUAUUCGGUUCUUGGAUCCUAACAAACACCCUUCAGUUUUGAGAGAUUUCUUGGGUUCGUUCGUUCGCCCCCUGUUUCCUUCCCGUUCGGUCGCGAGGAUGACGCCGGCGAGUAUGGUCGCCAUGCCCAGGAGCGUUCCGGUGGCAGUGGCGGCGUUCCCGGCGGCCGCGCGGGCCGGGCAGCGGAGGAACGCCCGGUUCUUCAGGCCCGUGCCCGCGUGCGGCGGGGACGAUCUGCCGCCGUCGAUGGCCGCGGUGCCGGCGUCGCUGCGCGCCAUCCAGACCAAGCGGAAGCUGGCGGCGGCGCGGCGCGGGGUGCCGCGGGCGGCCGCCACGAGCGCGGCCGAGUGCGCGGUGGCGGCGCUGGUCAAGGCGGUCGAGGUCGUCCAGGGCGCGGCGGCCGGUGGCGCUGCCGAGGCCGCGCGCGGAGCAGGGGACGCUGUGGCGUGGGUCUUCCGCAAGGUGCACUUCCAGUCGCCGGACCUCGCGGUCGGGCUGCUCGGGAUGGUUGCGUCCUGCCUCGGUACGGCCGUCGAGGUCGAGAUGGACCGCAUGCAGGCGAAGAAGCCCGAGGCGUCGGGCAACGCGGAGCCUGACCCCGACGACAACAGGGACACGGAGGACCCCGAGGAUCUGCCGGAGCUGGUGGAGAUGGACAUGGAGAAGGAGCUGUGGGCCAGGAUCGGCAUCCUGCAUGGCGAUCUGUAUGGGGACAGCGACGUGCUGGUAGAACUCGACGAGGACGAGAUCCAGGAAAUCAACAGCGCCCGCGCGAGGCGCCGGAAGGCGGCGUACGAGAGGAUCAUCGCCACCGGCGGCGCGAACUCGCUCAUCCUGUCCAACUACGCGCAGCUCCUCUACGAGUUCGACAAGGACAUCAACAGGGCGGAGAUGUACUUCAAGCAGGCGGUGGCCGCCGAGCCGGCGGACGGCGAGGCGAUGCGGAGGUACGCCAUGUUCCUCUGGCACGCCCGCGGCGACAUCGGCGGAGCCGAGGACAUGUUCAACGGAGCCAUCGACGAGGAACCCGAGAGCAGCCACCACCAGAGCAGCUACGCGUGUUUCCUCUGGAUGACCGGCGGCGUCGAGACCUGCCUCAUCGACAUCGGCAAGAACGGCGUCAAUGACGCCGAAUGAACCGCAACCCGUCGGAGACCGCCGUACCUCCAGCCAAGACAAGACCUUUACCGGCAAGUGCCCGGCGACGGGCCGGCCAUUUAGAUGGUGCAUCUAGGUAUUGCUAUGCAUGGCCAGCUAUGGCUAUACAGUAGUAUCAUCCGUGAGUAGCAUCGAUCGGCCCUUGCAGGGGCCAGUAUACCAGAUGAUGCGCAUCCAGGAGCCAACCCAGGAGGCACCGAUAAUGUUGGCAAGCUAGCGCAUGUAGUACUGUAGUGUGUGGUGCUAGUACCAGUGGUCUGUGGAAUAAAG